UCAGCCUUUAAUCGUAGCACGAGAUUGAGGAAACCAUCUUCUUCUCAAUCCCUGUCUGUGGCAUAUACAACUUUUGUGUCUAGUUUGUUUACUUUCUUCUCUUUCUUGCAUGCGAUGAAUAUACAAGUCAGUCUUGUAUUUCUUCUGCGUACGAGCGAAAACAAUACCGAAGGCGUACAGGAGUUGGAACGAGAGUGAAAAGUGGCCAUUCUUUUCUCAGUCGAGAUUCUUCGGACAGCCAUAGUAGAGUGAAAAUAAUUGUGUGGUGACUUCAUCUGGAUUGAAAUAGAGGAUGGAGCGGCAACAGCUGGAGCGGUACCCGAUGGAAUUCAACGAAUUACUCCAUCGCUAUUUCUAUUUGGGGAACGAUAGGCCGUUCUAUAUUCAUAGGAACAGAUCAUUGGAUGUGGACCGGGGCUGUCGGAUUCUAACACCCAUCAAAGAACUUGUCGAAGCGAUUCUGAAAUCGGAUGGUGGUCCUCCUAAGGGAAAAGUAGCUAUAACCACUGAUCCGGUAACAACGGUCGUCAAUGUAAUACGAAACGGUUCUCUGAUCCGCAACAACGAGUGUCUGUUCGUGCUAGCAUAUUUGGCUAGAGUUUUUGUGGCUCAGGAGGAGAAACACAAGGUGUACGAGCAAAUUCCACAAGUUAUCGAUACUUCCAGGGAUUUGUUCAUGUUCAUACACUUCUACAGUUUAUUGGGACCGGUAGCUAUAGUCGGUAAGGGCAAAGGCUUCGGCUAUGGACUGAGGGGUGCUCUCACUAAAUGGUACGAUAAAUACUCACCCGAAAAGCUGGCUGUAUUACUGGCGUCAGAUCCUAGCUGGAACAAUUGGCACCACAAAGACAUCCUAAGAAUGGUGCACAUCAAUCUGAAGAAUGAAGCAAAACGGAAGGUCAUAGAUGCAGCUAUCGCAAAUGAUAAGGACCAUCAGCGCAAAUCAAAACCAACAAAGCAACAGACGAAUUCGUUAGAGAUCAACGAUAAACUAGCAAGUCUUGCUUUGGAUGCGAAUAGUCCUAAGAAUAAUGACAAUGUUGCGGAAGAGAAUCGUCCGGAAGCUGCGCCACUGCCCCAGGACCAGAAUGUAAGAGGAGAGGCACCAGAUAACGAUGCUCCGGCAGAUGGAGCAGCGGGGGAUGGCAAUGCUCCGCAAGAGAACCGUGUGGAGGGCGAACAACCGGAGUCGCAGACAGAAAGUGCUUUGGAAAUUUUCAAGCGCAUCAAAAAAUUCAAAGCUUGCAAAACUGCUACAGAAGCAUGUGAAGGCAUUGAAAAAUACAAAUAUUCAUUUCAUCUUAUUCCAAAUCAGCUACAUCGUUCUCAGGCUGUUUGGGAGAGCGCAUUUCCAAACAUGUCAUAUGAGCAAAUCGUUGAAUCGAUGUUGGUUCUGCAAGACUAUAAAUUGUUAACGGAAGAGGACACUCCCUUCUCGAUCAAGUAUAGCUCUUUUCUGAACAACAUGACAGCCGUGAAACAAUCAGGUGUUAGCCCGAUAUUCAUGUAUCGGGUACUGCGUCUCUAUGAAGAAAAGCAACGUUUCCUCGACACGGUGAAGGAAGCUGUUCACACCACCAACAAUCUGAUUUUGAAGAGUUUAAGCCCAAAUUUUUCAAUUCUUAAGCAGACUUAUGGUGCUUUGAAUUGCUCGAUGUUGAACCUAAAGCGCACAGGGCUCAACUAUAUGAUUACCUUAGAUUUGAGAUCGAAAAUAACGAAAAAACGUGUCUUUGGUAAUCGAUUAAUGUCCUGUCAAGCGGCUAGCGUUCUGCUAGCCCUCCCAAUACUGAAGUGUGAGAAGCAGGUUCAUAUAUUUACCUUCACUGAGAUUCCCAAUAGGCUCGAAAACGUUGAAUUCACAAGGGAAAUGUCCCUCGCUGUGGCUUGCGAUGAAAUCCAGAGACAGGCGGGUAAUAAAAAGACCAAAGUUGACAUUAACCACCCUUGUCGCUACGCUCAUCAGAGAGAGUUUGAUGUGGAUGUGUUCAUAACUAUCGUCGAUUCGUUGAUUCGUGUCAACCCACAACGGAAGUCACCGGCGAGUGCAUUACAGGUCUACAAUAGCAAAAUGAAUAAGAAGGCAUGCUACAUUUUGAUCAACUUAUGUCGUCACCAACAGGACUUGGUCCACCAAGCAACCGAUAAGCCAGGAGUGCUGGAGAUAACUGGUUGCUCAGAGGAUACAAUGAAGGUGAUUGAUUCAUACGUUAAUCGUUGCUUCACGUAAGCCGACUGUGGAUUUGCGUAACUUUGCAUGAAAUAAAAGGUACAUCAAUUCUAUUCAAGUAGUAGAAUUACUCAUUCUACUUGAUCACACAUCUAGUAUAUAGAGUACAGAUUAUCAUGAUUUUGCUUAUGUUUCUACACGAUAGUUUAAAAAAUGGCAUCGUUCAUGUACCAUAGAAUUAGUGAGCAUUAGUGAGUUCUCAAAAUAGGCAAAUCAACAGCAGGAAUGUGGGUUUGUUCGUGGAAUUUUCAAAUAUUGAAUUACAUUUUCCAUUCAAAAAGAAGAACAGUGGGUGUCAUUUAUUUGGAAAAAAAAUUCAGGAACAAUUGUUUCGGACAAUGCUUUCACUGAAUCAAUUUGUCUUUGUUCCAUAAGUCGAUAACAAUAAAGUGCAGCAAAAAAUUACGAGAUAACCGGCGAGUGACGUUAGAUAACAAAGUCACUCACUUCGUUUUGGAAAUCAUCUGACAUUUUAGCUCAUAUGUUAUGCCCGAGUCGAUAGCAGAAGAGACUCGACUAGAGUCAUGCCAUUCGCUUUCGAGAGCCAUCUCAUUCACUCGCGAUAAAUGGUAUUUAAAAAAAAAAGACAAACGAUGUGUCGAGACGUAGUUUAGUACAAGUGAGCAAUCAUUUGCCUGUGAGGCUCGCGUAUUUUUAGCACAACCGAAGGCCACAAUACAAAAACCUGCUGUGUCAGAAAAUUCACAGCAUGAUCCACAACUAGUACGCGGUCUGGUCUUCCAUUAUGACGAGGCGUCUCAGGAUCUCGAAAUUGUAGCAUUCCCGCAGGCUGACAAGUGCAGUGACGAUUAUGAACGAACACGUUCUUCUGCAGCAAUUGGUUGAUGCUCAGAACAUGGAGGAACUGCAACUGACAGUUUACUGUGUUGCUGUGGCAACCUCUGAAAGUUCGGGAUACCGUGUUAGGCCGAGAGGCGGACUGUUCCAACUUCUCCGUGUGGGUCGUGAGGCUUCAUGGCAAAGAAAAUUGGAGCAACGAACUCGAAAUAUACGUGCCACUAUUGGAAGGCUGAUGACGUACAAAAGAAGCAGCAGAUCGGCGAACUUAUACUGCCACCAGCUGACAAAAAAGCUCUACACCACACUACACUACACUAGCAAUUGAGCGCCCUAUCAGAACGGCUGAAACGUUAGUCUGACUCUGCGAAGCGCCAAGAACGAAAUCGGAUGUUCAGAGAUAACGGGAAAGCGUUCUACAACCACAUUAGCCACGAGAAGCCCGACUACAUCUGAGGUUUGCCAGUACUUCAUCGCGAAGGGCUAAUGUGAUUAAAACGGGAGGGAGAAGGUUAAGGUGAAACUGAAGAGAUGCCAGUUAUGCCAGUCUAAUGGUACCCGAGGAACUGACGCCGCAUGAUGUUCAGAACUUCGCCGCAUGACGCCCGAUGGUGUUCAGAACUUGGCAUAAAAAACUGAUCGUAGUACAUCAAAAGACAGCUGAGUGCAUCAACAUGGUGCUACGUGAUCCAUACAACCUUCCUGAGUUCGCCGCCCGCAGCGUUAUCUUCCUCAUUCUGAAAGAAAUCAACGCAUUGAAACCAUCAAAUUACAGAACGAUAACGUGUCAGUAAUGAAUAUAAUAUACUGCCAAAGUUUCUACUUACUGCGAACAAUACAAAACCCUCACAGAAGAGCCGAAAGAAUGCAAGAAACAUACGCAUGACUGCGAAGACUAGGCCAUCAUCAACGUAGCCAUUUGGACUAGAAGUCUAUAACCAGCGGAACCUCAGCAUGGCCUAUAUCGACUAUAGGAAGGCUUGUGACUGCAUACCUCAUCCGGGCAAUACUGCAGUAUGCGAUGAGGCAGUGAAGCACGUCUCCGCACCUCAGCGAUGGGGAAAAUGUGUUGCACUCUAGAACGCCACAGAUAAAGAGGGGAAUAUUCCAAGGCGACUCUUCCAGUCCGCUUAGGGUAAGGACUGAAACCCACUUACAAGGACCCUCGAGAGAAACGAUCAUGACUAUAAGAUUAGAUAUGGCGAUGGCGCCCAUGAAAAAGUAACGCAUACCUUGUGUCCAUCUAUUGAAAAGAUUCACCGAAUCCCGAGGCUACGACGACGAGUUUAUUAGGGACAUGGUUCGUGUCGAACAAUAACGAAUGGUGAGCAAAAAAAAAAAAUGGAUUUCGACAGCACAUUGGGAUUCACCAUCCCGGUAUCAAGAUGGAGUUGAGAGACAAGUUCUUGAGUCGACUGAACUGUGUCCUGGGAACAUUUCUGAAUGCGGGGAACAAGGUACGCGCAAUUCACAUUUUCGCGGCUCCCCUGCUUUAGUUUUGGAAUAGUCAAAUAGAGCAAAACUGACCUAGAAGACAUUAAUAGGAGGAUGAAAAAAGCAUUCAGAUAGGCCGAAGUACACCAUCCUCAAUAGACACUGCCAUGCACAGAAGGGGGACUUGGAAUCGUCGACAUUGCUGCACUAUGUGUUGCCCAAGUACGGCGACAGCGCUAGUGUUUCGCACAACGCGCCAAAGCUAUACCGGGCUGUCUGCGCCGCUGACAAAAGAUACAGCGCUCUGCACUUGGUACAAGCGGAAUAUCAGCUCAUCUGCCAUCUGGAGAUAGUGGAGAAUAUUGCAGUUUGGAAGUAGAAAGCAGUGCAUGAUGCUCACCCUCAUCAACUGGAAGGGCCACACGUCGGCAAGGUCGUAUCUGUAGUUAAUGUGUGGUUAACUCUCUUCAUGAAUAGAAACCGACUUGAUAACCAUCCAUGACAGGAUUAUGCCGACAAAAAACUAAAAGCCGUACGUCUGGCAUCGAGACGUUAAUGACAUUUGUCGAAUCUCGGGGAUAAUAUAGGGCACAUUAUGGGAGGCUGCUCAGUUUUGAUCAACGUAGCGCCACAACAACGUGGUGGUCAACUGGCGAUCCAAUGUGGUCUAUUAGAAGGCUACCGGUACCAGCCUACACCUGUCCUGGAAAAUGACCGUUUCAAACUCAUUUGGGAUCGCACGGUUCUGACCGACCACUCGAUCCACCACAACCCUCCAGGUAUAAAGAAGCCCGGGAGCAAACCGUUUGACUGCGAUUAUUGAGAAUAAUUGUACUGCUUUUCGAUUUGCCUAUAUUAUUAGUUGUCAUCACCCAUUACAUUAUUUAGAACUUCUCCAAGUACAGUGGAACCUCGGUCAUCCGCGAUGCGGUUUAUCCGCGAUAGCGAGUUCCAUAGUAAUGCUAUGGACUUUCCCGGAAAUUAUCAGUGAGGUGUAGGAUUUUAGAUUUUUGUUUUCGUCAUGACUUUCACAUUAUUUGACUUCUGGUGUACACAACCUUAUAGAUGGAUAGUUGAAUGAUUUAUUUAUUGAUGAAACAUAGUUAUCAUGCCUAAAUAUCGUGUUUGCAUCUCUUUUUUAGUCAUAUAUUGCAUUAUCCGCGAUUUUCGUGAUCCGCGGUGACCUAGCCAGACUAUUCCGUGGAUAAUCGGGGUUCUACUGUACAUGACAAAGCCAUAGUAACGAUCGAAAAAAUAACGAAAUUCAUCUGCGAAUCGAACUGCUGAAGGAGAUUUUUUAUUAUAUCCACUGCAGCACCAAUAAGUAAACGAAACCAUAUUUAUUCACAGCGGUGAUUGAAAAUCACUGCCAGAAAAAUGGUGUGAUAUAUUUAGAAGAAUAAAAAUAAAGAAAAUUAAUGUAAACGAUUGUCGAAAUUGAAUAUUCACAAACAUUUUUUGUCGAUUAACCGUUCAGAUAACCUGCAAAUAGUUUCAAUAUCCAGUAAUCAAACUCAAACCCAAAGAAACAAACUGUAAUAGUGAGAAUUGCAAAUAAUCACAGAAAAUCGUGAGCGACUUAGAAAAAUAUGUUAACCAUACCGAGACGUACCGUUGUUAAAUUGAAGUGAUAAUGAGAUUUUUGAUAUACUAAUUUGUUUGUGUUUCCCUUCCAUAAUCAUUGAAUAAUGUGAUACGAUUGAGAGCCACGUCUCCUUCAGGCGGUAACCACAAUUCCGGCAUUUGUGUUUCGCUUUCAAUUAGGUAAUUUCUUUUCGAUAAUCAUAAUCAUUAUUCGGUUACUUGAAGGUUGAAGCUAAUGUAGUCAUAGACAUACACACAUUUCUGAGCAUACUUACAUACAUAUGGUAGAAGAUAGCGUUCAGGUGUAACUUUUAUUUUUAGCGAUUGUUAGCAAGUAUUGGCCGUUUUGAACAGUUACGCUGGUUCUGUAUUCUGACAACAAGUUUUCGUUGUCAUUGUAACCAUUGAAACCAGCGCAUAUGUCAACUAGGCGUUCAAUGUUUAAUACUAGUUUGUAACUGCGAAUAUCCGAUUUUCGUUUUUGGCCAUAAUUCGUCGUCAAAAUUAGUAUGUUGAUCUUUAAAGCAUAGUUUUUAUCUAUCAUAUGAUUUUUUUAUAAAACAUAUUUAUGAAAACAAUUUUUACGUUAUGGCCCCCUUUAGUAGCUUUAGUAGAUUAUGGUGUAAGUGCUAUCACACAUAUGAAUUGAACAUUAUAAAAUAUCAUGCUCUUAUUCAUAUUAAUCGUAAUUUUGUAUCUAUCAAUGUUGUUUGUAUGUGCGUAAAAAAACAGAAAACCUAAAGAAAAAAAGGAGGGGGUGACAAAUAUCAUAGUCUUUUAACGUAUUGUCAAAAAGCCUUCAUUUCCUACAUUAUUUCUAGUUUAUUAGCACGUAUCCCAUUAGACGUUAAAAAAACAUCGUGAAAUUGUUAACCCACUCACUCCUAGAUACAAUUAUUAUCAAUUACCCCGUCCCAACAACCACUAAUCAAAUCAUGCGCUCGGGUCGUCUCCGAGUGGAACUGCAAUAUCACUGCACAAAUACUACAAGGUGCAUUAAAAAUCAAUAAAACUUCAAGCGCUGUGAUUCAAAAAUAAAACAAAAACGAGUAAAUACAAUAGCAUAAAUUUAAACACUUCCAGCAACUCCUAGGAUUCUUAGUUACGUAAACUCAUUAUUAUUAUAAAUUGCCUUCAUCUGGUUUUUAGUUUGAAUGUUGUUGUGAAUGAAUACAAAUUGAACAUUAGUAUUAACAAAUUAUAAACAAUACGCAAGCAAGAUUUCAUUUCGUGCUCAAUUUAAAAAAAAACACUACGAUUAGAAAAAAAAACAAACAUUAAAAUCAGUUCGAACGAGAGAAAGAGAGAAAGAAAUCAAAUUUAUUUGAAUUAGGAUUGACUGAACUGCAUUACAAAGUGCUUCUUAUCUCUAAAUGUGGACAAAAUUGACUUUGUGGAACAAUAUGAAGUCAAACAAAAUAACAUUUAGACCAAUUUCACCAUACCAAGCGAGUUAGCAGAAUGUAAAAUUAACUCAGUUAACUGAUUACAAUGGUAAUCUUUUCCUUGAUUCUGAUUAAGUUGAAUAAAUCAAAAACCUAGGUUAUGAACUCGAUGACGCUUCUACUUUCUCAAAUUGAAUAAAAUUCUUACCAAUAGGUGCAUUAAAAAAUUCCGAAGUGAAAAAAUUUACCCGGACGGGUGGGAUAAGCUCGAAUUUUGCGGACUCUCGGUUUGCGAGAUUGAACGGAUCAUUAUUUCCUAAGGAAAACUUAUUAAUGAAACAAGCGGUACGCUGAUAGGACAAAUAUUUACGAUAGCAUUAAAUACAAAAAACAACGCUUAACACUAUAGAAAAAAAAUCUAAGUUACUUAUUUAUGAACAUACACGAACGGGAGAACAAAGUGAUGAUUACUAAUCGAAUUAUAUUUAAACAAAGAAUCCCGGGAUAAUCGAUUCUGCAGAGUUGUUUCCCUCACCGCCGAACUUUGAAAGUAGUCAAUAGAGUAGUGAAAAGUAUUGAAAAACAGGCAUUUGCCAAAUCAAAUCACCAGAAGAUGUUCAAUUCAACCCACUCGAAUUCGAGAAACACACAGUGAAAUAGGCGAGAAGGAGGAGAUCAAUUUUCAGAAUCGAUCUACAUCCUCAAUUAACGUUAAAUUUGUUCACAACUCAAAACGGGUAUUAUUGAAUACAUAUAAACAUGGGAAAAUGUUUGACAAAAAAUAAAAAAUAAAAACAAAUUAAUCUACAUCGAUUGCUCCGCCGCUUCGAUUUUAUUCCCACCUGAGCCGAAGAAAUGUAACAAAUACUAGCCAAUCGUGAUUUUCAUUUUCAUGGCAAUAUCCACUACCAACCGAAACAACAAUGUACGAAAAUAAUAUACCAGAAACACGAGAUAUAUUUACAACAAACGAAUUUUUUUUUAUUUUCUGAACAGAAACCAAAAUCAGAGAGUAUAAUCAAAUCUGAACCGAAACAAAGAGCUACAACGCUUAGAAAAUUACUUUACGAUAAUACAGAAGAAGGAAGACUUUCAGCGAGUCUCUCAAAAGUCUUUUUUCAAACUAAAAGAUUGAAUGAACUGCAUCCGGAAACGCUUUUAGACUAAUUAACAAUAACAGUUAUUAGAAAUAAAUCUGACAAUUAUUACGAUACUUUCUGUGGAGUUUUUCCGCAAUGAUUCGAAGUAUAAAUGGGUCGAGUAUUAGUUUUUAGAUAUUGCUUGAACAAGCCAAAUUGAUAAGAAAACAAAACAGGCAACUAUUUUUGCUAUUAUCAGAACUUACAAAAUCAAUUUCGGUAUACUAAAAAAUAGUCAAAAUAGUUAAGACCAGGAACAUUUGAAAAACAUAAGUUUUCAAAUUCAAACUGAGCGAUUGUGAUCUGAAAUUCCAAUAUAUAUUUACAAAACAAAAUCUGAAUUUUGCAUGAAGAAUCAAUAGACAGGAGGCAAUAUCAGUAAAAAGAAAAGAAAGCAACAAUAACACUGUUACAACUAAACGCGUUGCUAGUACUUAUUUCUGUCAUAAAUAAAACAAAAUGAGAUUCGUUUCUAGUUGGAGACAUUUUUACCUGUUUCCUAUAUGUUUUUGUUUUUUCAAAGAUUGAUCUAUCUACUGCACAACCUUUUACAAUAAUGAACCGAAGUGAAACAAAAAAUUAAAAACCAGGCCCAGUUAGUACCAUUGUUAUGAAACAUCAACACAUAUAAUGUAACCACUGUUUUAAUGUUCUAUUAUGUUACUUUUUUGUACCCUAUGAAUGCCUAAGUAUCAAUAGAAACCUACACAAUCGAAGAACAUAACUGAAGGCAGGCCGUUUCGAGAUAGACGUUCUAAAGAAGCAUAUAUAGGCAAACUUCAUGAAUCAAUAAAAUUACAAUUUCGUGACAGGAUAACAGCCAAAAA